GUCACCAUUGGAUUUUUAUUUCUACGAAUACAACAUUACUGAAAUGGAUAAUCUAAUGUCUGAAAUCCAGCCCCUCUACAAGGAACUACACGCUUUCAUUCGAAAAAGUCUACAGCAAAAAUAUGGGGAUUCAAUCAUAGAAUCCGAUGGAAUGAUUCCACACCAUUUGUUUGAACAAGUCUUGGCUCAAACCUGGUCAAACCUCAGUAUUAUAGAGAAUCUGUUUCCAUUCAAAAACCUUCCACCAAUUCAGUCAGUUUUGGAGAAGAGAUUUAAAUCACUGGAACUUUAUGAAAUUGCUGAUAGAUUCUAUCAGAAACUUGGAUUUGAUGAAUUUACAUACAAAGUUUGGAUGAAAGAUAUAAAAAUGAAGAAUACAAGUGAUGAUGGUUAUUGCAGUCCCUAUGUUUACUACCAAAGUCCUAACGUCCAUCUUGAGUAUUGCGAAAAAAUGAGUUUUGAAAUGUUUCUAGAAAUUUAUAGCGAUAUGGGGAAACUGUAUUAUGCUAAGGAAAUGACAGGUCUGCCAGGUUAUUUUUUCAAUACCCACGGUUUGGACGAAGCUAUUGGAAAGGCAGCUAUUUUAUCAACAUCCACAUAUCAUAACUUGAAGGCUAUUGGAAUGAUUGUUGACUUAAAUGUAACAGAAGAAGUGGAAAUGAAUCGACUUUUGAGAAAGAGUAUCGAAAGUUUGAUGAUGCUUCCAGUUAAGUUCGUUCACAUAAAGCUAAUGGAAGGUCUUUUGUCAGGAAGUUUAGAUCUCAAAGAACUUAAUACUAAAUAUUGGGAGCUUAUGAAGAAACAUGUUGGUGUCAAACCUCCAAUGAAUUAUGUUACCAAGCCCGAUGUUCCGGAUAUGCCGUCAUUCUUUUACAUUGAUAUGAAUUGGAAUGGUCAAUCUUUUUCUUUCGAUAUGGAAAUCAUGAGCUAUCAAAUGUACAAGAAAUUCUGUGAACUUGGUGAAAAAUAUCCCAAAGAACCGUUGCAUCUUUGUGAUAUGCAUGGAACAAAAGCUGUUGGUGAUCUUUUGAAAAAUAUGAUGCGUCUUGGUAAUUCAAAGCCUUUUAAUGAAACAAUAGCAACAAUGCUUCCAGAACAUCCUGGAACAAGUUCCAUCGGUAUUUUGGAGUACUACAGCCCAGUAAAGGAAUUUUUAGUUAAGAAGAAUUCUGAAGAAAGUGUGAAGCCAGGUUGGAGACAGUAAUUUGGACUAUAUAUUUUAAAAUUACUUUUUAAAGUGGGUUUUAAAAAACACUCACAUAGAAUCUGAAAAUAUAUCUUUUUUGAUGCUCAACA